AGUACAGUCUAAAUUGUGGCCGUCUCUCUCUUUCUCGCUCCUCUCUCCUCUCUCCGUCUCUCUAUAUCGCGCACAGUGAUCUUUGGAUCGAGGUAGGGCGACGGAAUUGGAUGAGAGAGGCGCGAUCCGGAGCUCCCAAGGGUUUGUUCUUCCUGAUCCUGCAGUGGAUCCGAUCGUAGCGGGGUCGGAUUGCGGCGAAGGGGGCGUCCCGUUGACUUCGCCGCCCUGCUGCCGCGUGGAGGUUGCGGCGGAUCCGGGGAAUGGAUCUUGCUGUUCUUCGAAUUGGAGAUGUCAUGGAUGGAAGCUAGAUAGGAACGCCGUUAGGGUAUCGGUGGGAGGAGGAAAAGAGGCCGUUCGGGGGUGGGAUUUGAUAAAAUCUCUGGGAAGUGGUGGGUAGAUUGGGGGGAGUGCGAAGGUUUGGGAAUCGACGGUGCGGAAGAUGAGCGUGGGAAGCAGCUACGCGAGCUCCAGGUUGGAGAAUAAUAGGAUGCCGGAUAAGUUUCCGGUGGGGAUGAAGGUUCUCUUGGUGGAUGACGACUCGACCUGCUUGGCGGUGGUGGAGCGCAUGCUUCUUCACUGCCAGUAUGAUGUUACAACUUGUUUCGAGGCUAAAAGAGCCUUGUCUCUUCUAAGGGAGAACAAGGAUGCUUUUGAUAUGAUAAUCAGCGAUGUUCAUAUGCCUGAUAUGGAUGGGUUCAAGCUGCUCGAAUUAGUUGGUCUCGAAAUGGAUCUACCUGUCAUCAUGAUGUCUGGUGAUACUAGAUUCAAUGUUGUCAUGAAAGGAGUAAGUCAUGGGGCCUGUGAUUUCUUAUCGAAGCCUGUACGCAUGGAAGAGCUACAAAACAUAUGGCAGCAUGUUGUCAGAAGAAAGUGGCUUGAUAGUAAAGAAAUUGAACAUUCGGGUAGUGUGGAGGAAGCUGACCAUAAUAGACAAGUUAAUGAUGAUUCUGAAUAUGAUUCCACACUGAAUGAUGGAACUGAUGGUUCGUGGAAACAUCGGAAAAUGAAAAGAGAUGCUAAAGAAGAUGAUGAUGGUGAUUUAGAUAAUGUGGACCCUUCUUCGUCAAAGAAACCACGUGUGGUGUGGUCGGUUGAACUCCAUCAGCAGUUUGUCAAUGCUGUGAACCAACUUGGAAUCGACAAGGCUGUGCCGAAGAGAAUCUUAGAAUUAAUGAAUGUUCCUGGUUUGACCAGAGAAAAUGUUGCUAGCCAUUUGCAGAAAUUCAGACUUUACCUAAAGAGAUUAAGUGGAGUGGCUCAACACCACACUGGACUUAAUAAUUCAUUAUGUGGAUCUUCUUCAAAUGCAAAAGUGGGUCAGUUGGGACGACUUGAUUUCCAAACUUUGGCAGUCUCAGGUCAAAUUCCUCCACAAACCCUGGCUGCCUUGCAAGAUGAGCUCUUAGGUCAUCCUUCGCAUAGCUUUGCUAUGCAGACAACAAACCUGCCAGUACCUCAACAGGCUUCAGUGCAAGGUACUAAUUGUGUUACUUUUGAAUGUGGAAUAGCAUUUGGCCAGCCUUCGCUGAAGGGUCAGGCAGUAUCUUCUUUACCAGUUUGGUCCACAAAUGACCCUGGGGCUGUGGGCUCUGCCAGCAACCUUGGAAGGUUGAAUACUCGGAACAAUAACAUGCUGGUGACAAUGUUGCAGCAGCCACAGCCACAAACAGUGAUAUCAGAUUCCAAUCGUGCAAUUAAAAUGCAACCAUCUUGCCUGGUAACCCCCAGAAAAUCAUCAAGCAAUUUUCAGGUUCAGGGGAAUCCUAUGCUUUUAAAUCAGGACUUUGUAGUCCCCUCUCAGUCUUCAACUAAUUAUCAAGGGGGGAAUACUGUUGUUCCGGUGAUCCAGGAUUCUGUUGUAGUUACUUCUCAAUCAUCCACCAGCUUGAAGGCAGGGAAUAAUCAUUUUAUUACAAAUCAUAGAUCAUCAAUAUUUCCCUCACAAUCAUUGACUGGAUUUUCACUAGGGAAUGAUACUGGGCUCCUAAAUCAAGUCUCUAUAUUACCCCCUUCUCAAACAUCAAACAGUUUUCAGGCAGGGACCAAAUCUUUUCAUAGUAACCAGAACUCCAUGGUAGUUCCAUCUCAGCUAUCAAGCACCCUGCAGACAGAGAAAAGCAUUAUGCCUGUCACUGUGAAUUACAAUCCAUUGCCAACUCAAUCAGAUAUUAUGCCAUCCAGCAUGGGACAAGUCUUAGAUGGAGGCUUUGAGAAUUUAGCUGCUGUAGAUGGCUAUUCUGUUCCUAUAUCGAUGGUUCCAGAAGCUUUAUCAAGCACAAGUAGCAGUACCAGUUGGCAGUUGCAUCACCCUGAUGUUAUUAUAGGUCGGCCUAAUGGGUCACCUUGUCUUGUGCCUAACUCUUGCAAUGUUCAAGCCACUGAUACACAAUUGGGGAAAUUUCCUGAAAAAGGACAAUGUAGAAGUCUUGGUUUUGUUGGUAAAGGUACUUGCCUUCCAAGCCGUUUUGCUGUGGAUGAUAUUGAGUCCCCAACUAAUGACUUGACUAAUACUAGUACUUAUACCGGUGACGAUGGAUUUGUUCUAAAUCAAGAUAUUUUUGGAAUUAAUGGGGCAUUUCAAAGUGGACAUUGUGCUUCCACAAGUUUCAAAUGAUCUCAUGAAUAUUUUAAUUAUGGGUCAGCUGGAUGACUUACUGAUCCAAAGCAGCAUAUCUUUGCAAUAGACAGGAUCUCCAAUUGAGUCGGAACAACUCUUUCAUGGGCUUCAUCUUUUGCCAUCUCCCAAGAUACUCGGUAAGUUAUCAAGGUGGUCCACCAGCAAUGUAGUUAUGACAAGUGAUUGGAUGCUGAGAAAAUACGUUCCAUUGGAUCUUUGUGGUUGUGAAUUGAAGAAAGAAGGCCCUCUCGGCUUGUCAGUUUGAUACAAUAAUUUUGUUCUUCUUUUCCUCUUUUUUUAAUUAAACCAGUAGGAUGAAAGCAUGGGAGACUGUCCAGAAGUUAUGUAAUUAUUGGUUAAUGGUGUGGAACAAAAUUUGGUGUAAAUUAGGUCGACCAAGGUUCAUUGGUUUUCUUUAGUCCUUGGAUGCACAAUUUGUCCAUAUUUUUCUUUGAUUUUUUUUCGCCUGUUAUGUCGCCGGCAAGAACAAGUUUGCGAAUGAUGAUCUUCUGUAAGCAAA